AUGUGUAUCAAUAACCUGAGCAAAGGCAAGAUGAAGCUGAACAUACUGGCUGGACCAUUACACGGGGGCCUUCUGCUUCUCUGCGUCGUGGGCUUCUGCAGCCAGCUUGUGUCUGCAGGCAACCAAAGCUCCCGAGGACAGACAGGGUCAUCGCAGGAGAGGACAGGGACUUGUGAAGUGGUUGCUGCUCACCGUUGCUGCAACAAGAACAAGAUCGAGGAACGCUCUCAAACAGUCAAGUGCUCCUGCUUCCCAGGACAGGUGGCGGGGACAACAAGAGCUCUGCCCUCUUGUGUUGAAGCCUCCAUUGUUCGUCAGAAGUGGUGGUGUAAAAUGGAGCCAUGUCUGGAGGGGGAAGAGUGCCGCGUUCUCCCUGACCUCACGGGUUGGUCAUGCAUCUCAGGGAACAAAGUAAAGACCACAAAGGUGGCACGCUCAACAUGUCUGGAAACGUUGUUGAGAGGGCCAGAGACGCUGGGACUAUUUUGGGAUCGGAGCGUACUAGUUACAUUUUGCUUCGAAGAUGAGCGAGCAGAGAAGCUGAACCUGGACCAGAUUGUGGAGGACUUCAGCAUGCAGGAGGCUCGCAGCGCGCCUUCAGACAGUUCUCGCUUCGUCUCCUUCACCUAA